CAUGUGUCCAGCAGCUGUCCUGGUAACUAUUUCUUUUUUACUCGACCCCGUCACCGCACCCCGACCCUUCCAAACAUAAUUUUUCAAGCUGUUGUUUCAUACAGAAUUGGGAAUGUUCUGUCUAUGGUUUCAAAUUUCACUAUUUUUGAAUUUUUCUAAAUUUUCUGAAAGCAACUAAAUUUUUCAAAUCCUACUCUAAGGUAUAUUCACAUAUUAAUAUUAUAUAUGUUUAUUUGUAAGUGUGGUCCUCAGUACAUUUUUUGGUUGGCAUAAAAUAUGAUCAACAAAGCAUUGAACUUGAAACAAUUUAUGCUACGUCAGAAAUCAUUAAAACUGUAUAGAGAAUUUUUAAAAACAAUCAAGACUAUACCAUUAGAAAGCGAUAGACAGCAAUUUAUCAAUUGGGUAAAAGAAGAUUUCAAAAAAAAUAAAUUUGAAACUGAUGAGUAUUCUAUAAAAACUUUACACAAAUACGGCGAAAAGUCCCUGACAGAUCUAAAACUCAACUUGGCUCUCAGUAGUACAAAAAUAUCGUGAGAACAAGGCGAAUUGACUAGUGAGACCAUAGAAGUAAUUGGAAAUGCAUCAACUGGAAAAACAUUAUUUUUGACCGAAUGUAUUGCAAAAUGCAUCAUUCCUCAAAAUGCGAGUGGCUUAGAUACAGGUUAAAUUACAAAAUGGCAUUAAACAUUGAUCUAAGUAGUACACAAAGUCUUGACCAGAUCAUUAAAUAUAUACAAAUUGGUUGUGUACCAGAAGUAUCAAACAAUGAAAAUGAUUUGGCUAAACGUGAUGAAGCAUUAUUGGCUCAUUUAGAAAUUGCUAAACCUAUUUUAAAUGAACUUAACACUUUGUUGAGUACACUCUUAAAUAAAGAUGAAAACCUUCAAUUUAAGCUUCAGGACAUAAUCAAUCCUUGCUUAUAUUUAUGCGGUGAACAUUGCAAAUCAAAUUUACCAUGGAGUGAUGAAGAAAGCCAUACAUUAAUGAAAUUGUGUGUUAAAAAAUUGUGCUGUCUUAUGCAUUAUGUAAAUAUUGAAGAAUUAAUUACUCAUUUAGAUGUUUCUAAGAUUUUUGUUGGUUUGCAAUGUAAAUUAGAAAAUGAUAAUUGGAAAAAAUAUCCGGCUGCUAUUGAGUGUUUUAUAUGGAUUUUGAAACACUUAAAAAUGCCACGUUUAAAUUCUUUAUUAUACUUGGUGAUGCCGUUACCAUUAAAUAUGUUUGAUGAUUACCAAGAUUCAAAUAUACUGACUGCUUUAGAUGCCUUUCAACACAUCAUUGAUAAUACACCUUCUGUGGAAUUAGCAAUGAGUGGCCACGACAUAGUUUUACUGAAGUCAUUAGAAACUGGUCUGCGUUCAUUUGAAUUUCAGCUAAUACCCAAUUUAAUGAAAUGUCUUUUAUCACUGAUUUCAAAGAUGCAAAUGAAACAUUUGAGCAACAAAAAUUCCUUAGAGUGGACAAAGUUUGAUGAUGUUAUGAAUAUUUUACUUCCACGAAUGGAACUAGAACGUAAACAUGAACCAAUCAUGUGUUACGCAUCAAUUUUUCCACUUGUUUUGGAGUCUACUGGAUUUUCUUGUAUUCGUUGGUCGGAGCGUUUGAUACCAUUAUUUGCAGAGUAUGUCAUGAAUAGUCAAACAACUUUUUCAGCAGUGAAGGCUAUUGAAGUGUUUAUUCAACAAACUUGGCCGAGACAGUGUACUCAUUGGAAAGUAUUGCUAACAAUAUUGGUCAAAGCUCUAUAUAAUGAAGAUAAAAGUUCUGGGCAGCCUAAUAAAGAAAAUAUCAUAGCAAUUGUAGAAUGUAUUAGAACGUUAGAGGCAGCAAGACCUGAAUGCAUACGUAACAUAUUGAAUAAAUUGAAAGAUUGUGAAGAAUUUCAAUCAAAAAUUAUAUUUAAAGAAUAUUUAGAAAUUGUGUAGCUUAAUAGUUGUUAGUUCAAAUAUAGUAAUACUUUGUGAGUUAUAAAUAACUAUACUAAUGUUUUUUUUAUUUUCCAUGUGUACAUGUCAGAGGCGUAGCCAGGAUUUUUCUUCGGGGGGGGGGGCUGAUCAAUUUUUUACACAGCGAUGGUUUACCUAGAUUCUCCCAUAAUUUGAACAUGCAGAAUGCAGAUGCCGAAGUUUUAUUUUAGAUUUUAGUUCUUAUAACCCUUUACAUAUAUUGAUUUAAUACACUUGUAUACUUUAAAUACUUUGAAUAUUGUAUUUUAUAGUAAUAUACAAUAAAUUAUUUUACCCAUAUUAUUUAUUUAAAAAAAAAUAAUUAUAGCAAUGAAUUUUCUUUUUAAUAGGGUAUAAUAUAGUGUACUAAGUUGUACUGUUAUUUAGCCAUGGUCGCGGCAAUAGAAAGAUAAUAAAAUAAAGGUGACAAUUUAAAAUUAAUUAAAUACGAUUUAAGAAUUUUGUAGCAACUUUCAUAGACCAUUGGAAGAAUUUUUU